AGCGUCUUUUCUACCCUGCCCGAAUCGCAGCCCACUGAGCCCCUUCAAAACCUUGAGGCAAAUGGACUUCUGGACCCUUGAAGUGGACAGACUUGACACCACGAUGAGACGGGCAUUCGCUGGCAGCUAGGAAAAUCUUGUGAUAUUUGCAAACGUCUUACUACUGAUACUCUGUUGUGAUAUCUAUGACGGAAGAAGUCUUGCAGCUCAAACAGGUCGAUGUAGGUAUCUAUCAUCGUGUCAUAAAUUCAAGUCUGUCAGGCUGCAAGGGCUUAUCCUAUCAAACCUUCCAAGUCCAUGGGGUGCAUGAGGUAUGCAGUGUACCCUGAAAUUGAUCAAGUGGCUUCAGGUGACCGCCAAUCAACAACGAUGCAUCGGAUGGCAUGGAGGUGGCGGUGGACUGUGAAUGCAAAUCCAUCAACAAUAACUUCAAAAACUAUCUUAAUCUUGGAAGUUGCGCCUCACGGCCUUCACCUCAUCUAUAUAUCUUUGGCUCCUUUGACGUUCAGCAAACUCAGAUAUCGGGAUUCUGCCUCACUCGGACUGCACCCUCCCCUUCUUGCUGUAGUUCGUGGUAGUACCUUGAUGGCUUCCGCAUCUACUACCGAGUGUCACAUCAUUCCAAGAGAACAGCUCACCGAAGUGAAGAAAUUUCCGGCAGCUGUGGGAGGAUAUGGACAAGUUUUUCAGUGUAAAAUGCAGCAACCAGGGCAGCCAGAGGAAUUCGUAGCUGUCAAAGUCCUAAGACGCGUUUCCAAGAAGGUUGACCUUAAACAUGCACGUCGUGAGAUGAAAAUAUGGCAGACAGCAAUACAUGAAAAUAUCGUCCGUAUGCUCGGCAUUACAGAUGGAUUUUCAGAAGAAUGUUUUGCUAUGGUCUCUCGCUGGAUGGAAGGUGGAACCCUUGCACAAUAUCUCAGGGAUCAUGAAGAAAACAUACCUUGCAUGAAAAAAUUGACUUUGAUCAAGGAUGUCACCUUUGGCUUGGAAUAUCUACACUCUCAUCUGAUUGUCCACGGUGACCUCACGACUAAUAAUGUCAUGCUUGAUGAUGAAAGUGGAAGAGCGUUGUUAAUCGACUUCGGGUUAUCGAAUGUGCUUGAUGGCAUGGCUGGUAGUUGCUACUCGCUCUCUGCAGCACGACCAGGGGCAGUGCGAUUUGCUGCACCAGAAUUGUUUAUCGUAGGAGAGGCGACAAGCCAACCUACUGGGAAGAGUUUAGCGGUCGACAAUGUUAAUGAGUCGCUGCUAAUAAUGCCAAAUAUGCCUAGCGACAUUUAUUCCCUUGGCUGUGUAAUGCUAAAUAUCUUCACAGAAAAGCUUCCAUGGUUUACCUAUCGCUCUAAUGAUCUAGCUAUUAUUGGUGCUCAUCACGCCAAAAAAUCGAUGCCCAUUCCUUCCCACAGCCAUCUAUCUAAGGAACGCGAACAAUUUAUCUGCAAGUGUGCUUCAGUUCAAGUUUGCGGAAGGCCAUCAAGUCAAGACGCUAAAGCUUUCAUCGAAAAGCAGAUACUCAUUGAAGACACUCAAGCUCCAAUCCAGCAGUCGAUGAUAGAGGCUAAUAGAGAUAUCCCUUCUAUCGUCUUACACAGGCUAGAUACGGAGAUACCAAACCACAUCCAGGAACCAGUUGUAGAUGUAGUUGGUUAUCUGCACCCCCAAGGCGACGGCAACACCCCUUCCAUCUCCCCUGUAUCGUCAUAUGCAACCCCCUUAACGUCACAGCCAGCUGAUUCGCAUGACUGUGUAUGUUCACAAACUUGCAACGCGUCCAAUGUGGCACAGCCAUCACCUCAAGUGCCAAACACCUCGAUGCCAGAUGGCAAUGAAUCACAUGUGACAUUGCAGCCAGCCGAUUCAAAUGAUGGUGCAUCUUCACGGAUUCAUGAUGUGUUCACCAUGACACAGCUAUCACCUGCAUCGGAAAACUCCUCAAUAACAGAUGGCAGCAACCCACUUGUGGCGCCGCAGGCAGCUGAUCCACAUGAUGGUGCAUCUUCACAAACUUGCAAGACGUCCACUGUUGCACAGCCACCGCUCGUAUUACCAAAUACUCCAAUACCAAAUGGCAAUGACCCACCUGUCCUCGUCAGUUCGCCGACCAGAAAGUGUAAUGUUGUCAUUGCCGGGGCCGUUGGUUCUGGGAAAAGCUCCCUCGUCAAUCUUUUAUCUAGGAAACGUGUUGCUGACACAUCAAUCGAUGCUGGGCGCUGCACUAGAGAGUCCAAGGACUACCCAAUUUCUUUUCGCGACACCGCCUAUAGGGUGUUUGAUACUGUUGGGUUUGCAUACAGCAACGGUCCUUCCUCUGUGCCCGAGGAUCGGCCAAAGAAGUGGGGAAAACGGCAGAUCGGGAAAAUAUCCACCCAGGGCAGUAUCGACUUGAUAUUGCUCUGCGUGACGAGCAGAAACUUUCAUGUACAAGCGGCGCUCGACGCUCACAAAAAGAUCCAGGACGAACUGAACGGAAGAAAAGUGCCUGUCGUACUCGUUGUCACUCACUUUGAGGAGCAGCCUACCAGCAACAGAUGGUGGUCUGAAAAUUUGUCGAUGUUUCAGUCUCAACUACACUCCAUCACUGAACAUACUUGCAUCAGUUUGAGUCACGACAAAUACAAAUACUUCGAGGAGUCCCGCAAGCAUAUCUUCCAGAUCAUGGCGCAGUAUGGCACCCGGGCCUCUGAUGCAAGGGAGCUGCUGCAGGAGUCGUCUGGAGGUGACCAUUCCGCGUCACAUUCGAGAACCCUCCUAGAUGAUGUGGUUCGGGCUCUUCACAUCAACCAAUUGUCCGUGCAGGUCCGCGAAGUUGUCAUGAAGGGUUUUGGUCUACUACCACGUUCCUCCUGAGCAAAUCGGGGAAGUUGCCAUCGUCGCAGGAAACGACCGUUCCCAGAUUCCUGUGUAUGGUAUGAGAAGUAUACUUAUUAUCGUUAUAU